GUGCCAUUGAGGUUGCAUCUCCAGAGGGACUAGGAGCGUGCCACUGUGAAGAAGCGGGGCUAUGCAGACAACGCAGAGCAGCGGCAGGAAUACCAGCAGCAAAGCUGGCUGCAACAGCGCUGGUGACCUCAAGUCUAGCGCGUCCAAGAAAGGACCGUCGAGCUGUCCUCUGCGGUCCUCCUAUUUCAUCGACAGCAUCUUAGGAAGUGGCAGCGGCAGGGGCAACUGCGAGGAGAGUCCUGCAGACGAAGGAGGGGCGAGGGUCAGCGAAACGGGUCGGGGUGGCCGCCAGUCAGAAGUGAAGCUGCUGCCCCCUCAACUGGACCCGCUGGAAGAACCCGGGUCGCAGGCACAGAGCAUCAUUCACGAGAUGGAGACUCUCUAUUCCAGUGAUAUCAAAUCCCAUCACAUCUGCGGUCCGGGAAACGCCAGAGCCCACGAGCGUCUGCAGCACGCAGCUACCCGGGGCGAGCAAGAGGUAGAAACGAGUGGGAAAACAGAAGACAAGCCCGGUGAAAGACUGCUGGAAAACGCGAGUGGGACGCGCCUGGAGCAGAAGUGCGGUUCUCCGGGUCACUUUGACAGGUCCUGCUUCAACAGAAAGCAGCGUCGGUACAGAACCACAUUCACGAACUUCCAGUUAGAGGAGCUAGAGAGAGCUUUCAGGAAAUCUCACUACCCAGAUGUGUUCUCAAGGGAGGAAGUAGCCAUGCGUCUUGAUUUAACAGAAGCCCGCGUGCAGGUUUGGUUCCAGAACCGCAGAGCGAAGUGGCGGAAGUGUGAGAAGGCAGCCGUUCUCAGUAACGCUCCCGGCUUAGCCAUGGCGAGCCCCCUCGGAGUGUAUCUGGACCUUCCCCUGAACCAGCCCUCGGCUCUGGACCCCGCUUGGAGAUCCACCCCUAUCCCGGUACUCGGGCUCCCCCCCAUGGCUCCAGCCUUUACUCCCGCCGCCCUGGGAAACCUGGGCCUCGGAGCGCUGACCUGGGCCUCCUUCCUGAGACACCCUCUCCUCAACCCACAUUUCAACAGAUUCUUCACAGCAGUAAGCCCCCUGAUGGGCACACCCUCACUGCUCAUGAAAUCCCCUGGACAGUCCUUCGAACCCGCUUCCCUUGCCAUGCCAGACCCCAUGACCAGCGAAAGAAAAACCUCCAGCAUCGCAGAGCUCAGACUCCGAGCGAAGGAGCACUCUGCACACGUGCCACCGCAAGAUACCUAACCAUCAGAGACUGCUGUACUGUGCCUGCAAAACCCUGGCAAACGCUACCCUGCCCAAGCAAUGCCGUGUGUGAUGCAGCAGCCCAGGGGCAGGCAGGUGGGUUCUGUUACCUGCAUCGAAACCAUGUUUGCUUUCACCAUGACUCCUAAGUCAUGCACAGUGUGAUUUGUAUGCUGUGUGCUGCACACAAGGACUUUGCACACAGCGUUUCAAGAAUGCAUAUACAGUAGUUUUAAAGAGAUGGUUGGGCAGAGGGCUUUCCCUGGUGCUCAGGUUUCUUAUGUACAGGGCUUCCACCUUUGUAGCCCUGUAUUGAGGAGUCUUAGUUAAGAGACCAUGCCAUUUGUGUUCCAGCUCUUUAGGAGAAUGCCAGGGCAAUGGCACAUAGGUGGAAUGGCAUUAUGGAGCAAGUGGGAGCCAUGACCGCACUGCCUAAUAAUAACCAGCUCUUAUCCUCUACCCCCUCCCUCGUUUCAUCCCAAUGCAUCUUUUAUUAAAGUGGAAUCACCACCUACAGGGCUGGUCCAGGAAAAAACAGGGUAAACUGAGCUACUGUGCAGUGACAUUUACUAUAAAUGCACCCUAUGUUGCUGUGCAGCCUGCACAACCAGUGUUUUUUUUAAGUUGUGGCAGGGCAGCUUCUCGAACUCCAGAGAGUUCACACAAAGUGUUUUCAAAUUUCUACAAAUUAAAAUGAGAAAUGGUGACCGAAGGGGAUGUAUUGGUGGCUAGCAGCACACCUGCAUACGCUGGCUGUUCAAAUGCAGGUCGUUAAUAGCUGAGAUAUUUCCUGUUGUAUUCGUUUGAUUUACUGUAAGCGUCCGUCCAUAAGUCAUUCCACCCAUCUCCUCACUGUUAACGAGGGCUCAGUGUUGAGGUUCAUUUCAUGAAGUCAUAUUUUCUCCUUGUUCUAUUGCGAUAUUCAAUCAAACCCUGAAACACACUAUGAAUUCACUGCAGCUCAGACUACUUGUAAACCAAAGUACAAAACCUUGUGCCUAAGUGUAGCAUUUUGUAACGUAUGUAUGUAUGUAUGUAUGUAUGUAUGUAUGUAUGUAUGUAUGUAUGUAUGUAUGUAUGUAUGUAUGUAUGUAUGUAUGUAUGUAUGUAUGUAUGUGCGUGCGUGCGUAUGAUCAGUAUUUAUAGUGGUUCAAAACUGCAAGUUCUAAACAUAUUCAACACUUUGAAGUAUUUUGUUAGGAUUGUAUAUGUAAAACAAAUCAGCCCAAAACUGUAUCUUUCACUGAAUAAGAAAUGUACAUUGUGAUCAAAUGAUCUAGAUGAUUUUAUUAGACUAAAGUAGGCUAUUUGAUAUUAAAGUAAUUAAAGUGAUACAAAUAAAAAUCCUAUUUCUGAUGGAAAAUAAAGCAGUUGUUAGUCUCU